AAAAAAGGCCCCAAAAUGAAGAUACCUCGAUGUUAUGCGUCCCUGUCUCGUUUAACUCAAAGAUUUAUGGCACUUCUCAGAUCUAGUCCUGGAGGUGUUCUUGACUUAAAUAAAGCUGCAGCAGCACUGGGCGUACGAAAACGAAGAGUGUAUGAUGUCAUCAGUGUCUUAAGUGGAGUCAAGCUGGUUGAAAAAAAAUCUAAGAACCAGAUUCAAUGGAUAGGACCUGAUCUUAGCUAUUUGGAAAUAGGGCCUGAACAGAGGAAGCUGCAGGAGGAACUUUUUGACUUAUCAGAGAAAGAAGCAGCUCUGGAUGAAUUAAUUAAGGAUUGUUCUCAACAGAUGUUUGAGUUAAUAGAGGACAGAGAAAACAAAGAUCUAGCAUAUGUGUCAUAUCAAGAUAUUCAUAGCCUUGAAGCCUUCCGUGAACAGACUAUGUUUGCAAUUAAUGCUCCGGCGGAAACCAGCUUCGAUAUUUUGUAUCCCAACGAUGAGUCUGUCUCAGUAUAUAUGAAGAGCACCCAAGGGCCCAUCAAUGUUUAUGUAUGUCAAAUGACGCAGCAGGAUGUUUCAAGUGUUGAAACAUUGGAUGGUGUAGGAACCUUUUCGUCUGAAAGCACACAGCCAGAACACCUUCACCCUGAGAAAGAAGAAUAUCCUCCAGAGCAGAGUGAAGAAUUGCUUGAAGUGAAAACUAAUGGCAUGUGA